AUGUUUGCACUCAAGGCGGCUCUACGAAAGAGCAUGUUGAAGGCAUUGAGGCAGAUCUCUGAGCAAGAACUAAAGGCACAAUCUGACGCGGUGUUUCGCUCCCUCCUCCAGCAAGACUGGUACACCUCUGCUCGCUCUGUAGGGUGUUAUCUCUCCAUGGCCAAGGGGGAGCUGCAGACCGACCAGAUCGUCCAGGAUUUACUCAAGAGAGGUGCCAAACUGUAUACGCCAUACCUACCCCCGCCGCCUUCAGCUCCAGCUCCGUCACCUUCAAGCUCCGAUCCGCCCAUAUCCGCCACGAGCGAGAUGCGAAUGCUCAGCCUCUACUCUCCGGCUGAUCUCGAGGCGUGUCCGCUGGACAAGUGGGGUAUUCUGGAUCCCGGGGAGACUAGGCGAGAUACAGGGGAGAAGCGGGAAGACGCGAUGGAUCAUUCUGCUCCAGAUCUGGAUCUCAUCCUCAUCCCAGGCGUAGCGUUCGACGAACACUGUAACAGACUAGGUCGCGGGAAAGCAUUCUACGACCGCUACCUCGCCAACUACACCUCGACCCGAAAACGUCCUCUUUUCGUCGCUCUCGGUCUGAGCGUCCAGCUACUCCCAGCCGGAGAGAUGGUACCUAUCACAACAGACGACUUUACACUGGACGGCGUCAUUACUCCUGAUCGGACCAUCUGGCGCAGGGGCACCAAAGAGCAAGCAUAA